GUGCGUGAUUAGAGUAAGAGAGUUCGGGGGCUAGUAGUGUGAAGAACCUAACCUUUAAUGAUUCCCAUGUGCGAAUUUAUUAAAUAUAAAAAUAAUCAGACAAGUAAAUAAUUUAAUUUUACCUAUAAAAAAAAUGGCAAAAAUAAAACCACGAUUAGGUAGUAGAAAGAAAGCCAAAAGAUGGGCAAAAGGACAAAGUUCAAGUUCUAAUCCUGAAACGAAAAAAUAUCGUAAUCAAGCACGCACGUGGUUUUUUCAACAAAAUCCAGAUUCAUCUGGACUGACAACUGAUGUUCUACGAAAACAUGAUGCUAUUCAAGGAACAGCAUCAAUAUCUGAAAAAAUUGAAAUUGACGAUGAAAGUAGUGUGGGUGGAGCAUCUACUUUUAAAACAUUUAAUACAUUUGCUAGUGAUUAUAGCAAAUGCUCCAAUAUGUCAUUUAAUCGAUUUUUAACUCAAUAUCAACCAAAUUCGGUAAUUCAUAAAGAAAUGUUAGCAAUAUUGGCCGCAGUUACUGAUGUUAUUAAACAAAACGAUGGUGUUGAAUCAGAUACAGAAUAUUAUGCAGCAUUGAUGACUACUUUGGAGGCAGCCGAAACUGACGAAUCAAUAUCAGCAAUUUUAUCUUUACUGGGAAUGAUUUUGAAAUCUGUUCCAAAAAAUGUACUCAAAUUGCAAUUCAGUCAAGCGAGUCAGAUUCUUUUGAAUGUACUAAUAAAGUACGCAACUAAUGAAAAUUUUCUAGUACAACGACAUUGUAUUGGAUGUUUACAAAUAUUACUUCGAGCUCAAGAGGUUGCUGUUUGGUCAGAUAGCUCAACAUUACAAGUGUUGGACGCUUUAUUAACAUUUACAAUUCAUACAAAGCCAAAAGUUCGAAAAGCUGCACAACACGGAAUUUGUGCGAUUUUAAAAGGAAGUGAUAUUAUGAAAGUUGAAAAUCCACCACCUUAUCAUCCGGCAGCUUCACAAGUAGCAAAACACUGUAUUUCUCAAUUAGAAUCUGCUGGUAAACCUGGACACAUGACAAAUACUCUUCACAUUCUUACACUUUUGAAAGAAAUUUGCCAUCAACUUCCAAAAUCUUAUUUAAAGAGUAUUUGCGAGGGUCUUUUGAGCAUUAUGACUCUAAAUAAUGUACUUGUAACAUCUUGUUGUUUUCAAACAUUCCAUGGAUUAUUUAUUUCAAAACCAAGUGAAUCCGUUUUACCAUCGCAAUUAAAUGCUCAAAUAAUUAAUGCUCUUUAUGAUUAUCAACCGGCACCGAGUGAUACUCAACCAACUCUCGCAUGGUUGACCGUAAUGCAAGAAGCAUACGCGAAUCUUGCUUCACAUUCAUUGGAUCUUUGUGCGGCAAAUCUUCCUCGCUUUAUUGAGAAAGCUACGGAACUUUGGCUCUCUGAUAAGACGGACGUUUUAACCGGUGCUUCGCAUGCCAUAAAACACGUUUUACAAGAAUGUGUCAGUCUUAUGUGUAUAAACGAACAAAUCGCUUCAAGAUAUAAAACAACAUUAAAGAAGAUUAUUCAACUGUUACAAGAAGGAUUAAAAUAUCAAUAUAGUGGAGCCUGGCAUCAUGUUCUUCAUUUACUGGCCGUUUUAUUUCAGAUUAUUGGACUUAAUUGUAAAGAAGAAAUGGCAAAAAUUUUAAUUACAUUGGCAGAUUUACGUGAUACGCAUAAAUUUACAUACAACAGUGAAAUUGAAUAUGCCGUUGGCGCUGCUGUUAAAUCAAUGGGUCCAGAAAUUGUUCUAAACACAAUUCCUCUUCAGAAUUUAAACAGAAGUUGGCUUUUGCCUAUUUUAAAAGAUUGCACCUCAAAUGCUCCACUAUCCUAUUUUAUUAAAUCUCUUUUACCACUUGCUGUUCAUUGUCAAAUAAAAUCGAAGUCAUUGCAAGAAAAUAAAGAUGGAAUUGGAGCACAUAGUUAUGAAUUAAUGAGAUCACAAAUUUGGUCCUUAUUGCCCAACUUUUGUAAUAAUCCAUCGGAUAGUUUUGGGUCGGAUUUUGCAAAAACUCUUGGAACAUUAAUAGGAAGUGAUAAAAGUUUGAGAUUUUCUGUAAUGGCCUCAUUGCGAAAAUUAAUUGCUACCUCGGUGGAAAAAAAUAAUCAAGAAGAUAUUGAAACUUUAGCUAAAUUUUCAAAGAAUUAUUUACCUAUACUUUUCAAUUUAUAUUCAACGAAACCUCAUGGUUCUGACGAAGAAGGACAAAGAAUUGCUGCCUUUGAAACAAUCAAAGUUUAUUUAUCAAUUACAAGCAAAGAAUAUUUAGAUAUGUUUUUUGAUACGGCGAUGAAAAAAAUUCAAGACGAAACAAUAGAAGGAUUUGAAAAGGAAAGUGUAUUUGAUCUCUUUAGAUUAUUUGCACAAUUUACCGAUAUUGAAAGAUUGAAAAUAUUUUACGAUUUUUGUGUUCCUCUUUUAAUGAAAAAUAAUAAUCAAAAGGAACAGAAAAAAGCAUACAGAUUUUUAGAAGAAAUUUGCUGUAGCGAAAGUGAAAUUUGUAAACAAUUUGUAUUUGAAAAUCGACGUGGAAUUCAAAGUUUGUUGAAAAAAUCUCAAGAAUUUGCACUUAAAUUAAGUAAAGGAGCUCGAAUUCGUAUUAUUAUUUCCCUCGUUAAAAGUCAUCCACAACUUGAAAAAACGAAAUUUUUAAAAGCAAUUGUUCCCGAAGCAGUCAUGUGCUUAAAAGAAGUUAAUGAAAAAUGUCGUACAUCUUCUUAUCAAUUGUUAAAUACAAUUGCAGAAAAAUUUUUAAAUCAUGAAGAAUAUUUUAUGGAAUAUAUUCAGUUGCUUAUAUCAGGUCUUGGAGGCGUGCCAAUAUUUUGCAGUGCAACUUUACUUGCCCUUUCUUCAGUUCUCUAUAAUUAUAGUGGAUCUUUGGGAAUAGAGACUGUUAAAGAAAUUUUGAAUCACGCCUGCAAUCUAUUAACAGGACCAACGAGAGAAAUUACAAUAUCUUGUUUAGCAUUUGUUAAAGUUUAUCUCAGCACUAUGCCAACUCCAGUAAUAGGCCCGACAUUGUCUAAAAUUAUGGAAUCCUUGUCAAAAAUGACGGAAGACUGUAAACGACACUGUAGAUUGAAAAUACGUGAUAUCCUUGUAAAAAUGGUUCGUAAAUUUGGCAUUGAACCGAUAAUUAAUAUGGUACCACAGUCCGAUGAAACGAUGCUCAAGAGAUUGAAAAAUAUUCGUAAAAUUGAAAAUAGAAAACAAAAAACGAAAGACGACAAGAAAAAUAAAGAAGAGGAUAGUGAAGAAGAAUUUAAUCUUAAACGAAUGCCAAAGAGUAUGGAAGAAAUUUUGGCAGAUAGUGAUGAAGAAUUUGAUGAUGUUGAUAUGAAUGAUGGUGGUAAAAAUUCGAAACGACAGAAAAAGAAGACUUGGAUUCAAGAAUCGGUGGAUAAUAUUGUUGACUUUGCUGAUCCUACUGCUUCUAAAAACAUUGUUGCUACAAAACCAGGAGUUACUGUUUCUAAAGAAGCUAAAGAAAAAUGUAAAGACAGUGGAUUUAAAACAGCUGAGGAUGGUAGAUUAUUAAUCACAGAUAAUACCGAUGACGAAAGUAAUGAUGAAGAAGAAACAAAAAAGAAGAAGAAAAUUUCAUUCUUAGGAAUGAAUGAAGACGAUGAUUAUGAAGACGACGAGGAUGAUGCAAAAUCGGUAAAAUCAGCAAAAUCAAUUAAGAAAAGAAAACGCGAAAAUGGUAGCGUUUAUUCUGAAACAUUUUCAACAUCUUCGAAAUAUAAAGCUGGAGGUUCAGGUAUUCAUCGUCCAAUUAAGGUGUCAAAAUCAGAAAAAGAACCCGGUGCAGAAUAUCGAGCGUCGAAAGCUAAAGGCGAUAUGACAAUAAAAGGAAAACAAACUUCUUACGCUUAUUUACCGCUUACAAGAUCAUCUUUGAAUAAAAGGAAAAAAAUGAAGAACGCUGGAAAGUUCAAAGGUAUUAUUUCUGGAGCUAAAAAAGGUGCACUUGCUGGCAAAAAGAAUCAAAAGAAACGAAAGAUGUAGAAAUAGAAUUUAAAAAAUUAUAAAUGGUGAGAUAAUUUAUACUUUCUUUUUGUAUAUUAUAUAUAAGAAUUGUUUUUGAUUAUUAAAUGAGUUAAUGUAAAAAAAAAAAUAAAAAGUUUAAUAAAAAUAUUAAACAAAUUAAA